AGCAAAUCGACAUGCAUAUAAGUAGAGGUGAUAUAUUUAAACUACUUUCUUUAUAUAUAUAUAUGUUAUUGCGUUAAGUGAUUAGUUAGAACGUAUAGUUUCUUAAUUUGUAGCUCCUUCGAAGUAAUUAGGAUAUUUAAUCUUCUUCUAUCAAUGGAAAAUACAAAUGCGUUUCUUUGAAGUUUAAACUAACAAAAGAAAGCCAAUAUUUGUUAUAACCUUUCAACUAUAUAAAAAAAAAAUGGUCGUCAACUUUAUGCUUAACAUAUAUACGUGUCCUUAUCGACAUGCAAAAAAAAAGAAUGAAUAUAUGUAUUUGUACGUGUGUUAUGUAUAUGAAUAAAGUAAAAGGCCUAGAAUAGUCGAAUGAGAGAAAGAGAAAGAGAAAGAUGGUGAGUCAUAGAGACGAUUCACCAGCUUAUAAGUAGUAAAUCCAGCAAAAGGAAAAAAUAUUCAACAUAGAAACUCCGAUCCAGAAGAAUAUUCAUCCGAAUUAGAAAAGGUUGAAGGAUCAUAAGAGCAUUAGAGAAUGGUGCUUUUGCCUGCAUUUUUGGACGGAUUGGCGAGAAGCGUAUCGACAAAGAAAGGCAAACAUCAAUCGGAAGAUGAAGACGGAGGAAGAGAGAUCGCAAAAUCGAUGGUGAAAGAUUCAAAGAAGAACUCGAGUUUGCUCGGCUCUUCAGGCUUUGUUAACUCCGAAACUUCCAAGAGAUUUACCUCUAUUUGUUCUAAUAGAGGUGAGAAAGGAAUCAACCAAGAUCGUGCCAUUGUUUGGGAGGGAUUUGGUUGUCAAGAAGACAUAACAUUUUGUGGGAUGUUCGAUGGACAUGGACCAUGGGGACAUGUGAUAGCCAAAAGGGUGAAAAAGUCAUUUCCAUCUUCUCUGCUUUGCCAGUGGCAACAAACUGCUGCAUCCUUAUCAUCGUCGCCGGAAUGUUCCUCUCCGUUUGAUCUCUGGAAGCAAUCUUGCCUGAAAACAUUCUCCCUCAUCGAUCUUGAUCUCAAGAUCCAUCCUUCCAUUGAUUCUUACUGCAGCGGCUGCACCGCUCUCACCGCCGUCUUGCAGGGUGAUCAUCUUGUUAUAGCAAAUGCCGGUGACUCACGAGCAGUAAUAGCAACAACUUCUGAUGACGGUAACGGUUUAGUGCCGGUUCAGCUCUCAGUAGACUUUAAACCGAGCAUUCCUGGUAUAGCUUUUCGAUGUUAA